ACUGUAUUAUCUAUGGUUUGAUCGUUGUUGUCAAGUUGUACUGCAGCGGCUUUUUAGGCUAAAAAACUGUGAUAUAAUCCGCAAUAAUAAAGCAAUAUUUUUUGAAUUUAUGAUUAAGUAAUUCACAUUUUUAUGAUAAAUUGAAUUGUUAUCAAUCUAAAAUGCUUAAUACUGUAUACAAAAUAUCGCAAGGCAUUAGGAAAUUGAGCCAGUUGAGUUAUAGAAGUGUGGUAAUAAAAUUUGUGAGACCUAAUACAACUUACACAAAUGUAUUUAGGUCACAAAAACAGAAGAAAGAAGAAGGUGGAGAAGCUAUAAAAUGGAUUCUACUGAUGAUUCCUGUGACAUCAUUUGGUCUUGGUUGCUGGCAAGUAUAUCGACUACAGUGGAAGUUAGAACUAAUUGACAUGUUGCAAGCCAAGUCUAAUUCGGAGCCCAUAGACAUGCCAACCAACUUUGAAGAACUUAACAAUUUGGAGUUCCGUCCAGUUAAAGUGCGGGGAGAAUUCUUGCAUGACAGAGAGAUUAUGAUUGGACCCAGAGCACUGAUUGAAGAACAUCAGGCAAUGCCUAGAACUGGAUCUCUUAUGUCAGAUCCCAAGAAGAAUCAAGGAUGGUUAUUAAUAACUCCAUUUAAAAUAAGUGACACAGGGGAUGUUAUAUUAGUGAACAGAGGUUGGAUACCUAAAAGCCUCAGACCCAAAGAUAAGCGUCAAUCUUCCAUGGUGGAGGGUGAGGUGGAACUAACUGGAGUGGUGCGUUUGACAGAAAAUCGUCGCCCGUUCAUGCCGAAAAACCAUCCGGAAAAAGGAUCUUGGUUUUAUAGGGAUUUACAUCAAAUGAGCGCUCAUUUGAAUUGUUCUCCGGUGUGGUUGGACGCGAGGGGGAUCCCUGACCCUCCCGAAGGCUGGCCAAUUCCCAACCAAACUCGAGUUACGAUCCGCAACGAGCAUUUAUCUUACCUCAUAACUUGGUACUCUUUAUCUGCGCUCACAGCAAUUAUGUGGCACAGAUAUUUUAUCAGAAAGUUACCACUACUAUAAAUGUGAGAAAAUA